AUGUUUACAACCGUUUAAAUAAGCUUAAUAAGCUAAAUAGUAAAUAUGCUUUUACUAAGUUUUCUAUGAAAGUAUAAAUUAUUUAUAUACAUAAAAAAAAAAUUAACAGUAGUGCUAAUAUAGUGCUACUAUUAAAUAGUAAAAUUAAUAUUUAAGUAUUAGUAAUAAUAGUAAUAAAUAUUGUGUAAUCUGUAGUAAAUUAAAUUAAAUUUAUAGCAUUCAAUUGUAAAUAAAUUGCAGGUACCCAGAGUACAUACAUUAAACUCAGUAUUCAUUAUCCUAUUUAAAAUUAAAAUAUUGCUUUUAGAAUAUUAUUGAACAAGUCAUCAUAUCCACAAUGGAAAAUAAAAAAACGCAAGUCAAAAUAUUAGUUUGCUGUGGUAUCAAAGGACAUAUUACACCAUUUAUUGAUUAUAUAGAAGCAUUGUAUGCUAAAAAAGGCAUGUUUGACUAUGUUUUUUGCAUUGGAGAUUUUUUUGGAGAUGAUGAAUCCUGUGAAAAAGAAUGGGAAGAGUUUAAAAAGUCAGGAAAAAAUAUUCCUAUUUAUACAUUGGGACCAAAUAAGAAACAACAUGAAAAAUAUUUUAAAAAUUUAAAAGAUCAACAAUUAGCACCAAAUAUCUAUUAUCUUGGUAAAGAUGGAAUUUUUACUACUUCAGAUGGCCUUAAAAUAGGUUAUAUUAGUGGAGUACAAAACAAUAGUAGCAAGGAAAAUGAAAUUCAUACAUUUAAUUACGAUUCUCUCUCUCAGUUCAAAGAUUCGUGUAUUCGAGCUGGAAGUACGUCAUUGGAUGUAUUAUUAACUUCACCAUGGCCUUUAGACAUUCGCAACAAAGAGCGAAUUCAAGAAAACAUAAAUGUUAAGGAACCUACUGAAAAAGAAAGUGAAUCUCAGCUUUUGUCAUGGGCAGCUAUUAAUUUAACUCCACGUUAUCACUUUGCUGGCUUACAAAAAGUGUUUUAUCAGCGUAGUCCGUAUAAAAAUGUCAAUAGUAAAACAAUAACACGAUUUAUUGGUUUGGGUGAUUAUCAUGACAAUAAAACCAAAAAACAAAAAUGGCUCUAUGGCUUUGUUUUAUCAUUAGCAGAAUCUACUACAUCAAAUACAUUAAACUAUACUGUUACGGAAUCACCAUUUGCUGAUAAUAUAUCUCAGUAUACUGCUAAUAUGUUACCAGUUUCAAAACAAUAUUUUUAUAAUACAAGCACUAACAGCAAUUAUAGAAAUAAUGAACAAAGUAAAAAGAGAAAAUUCGACGGACAACUAAAACAAUCUAUUGAUAUAAGCGCAGAUUCUUGUUGGUUUUGUUUGUCAAGUAAGAAAAUUGCUAAGCAUUUGAUUGUAUCUAUUGGGAAUCAGGUAUACUUAUCAGGCACUAAGGGACCAUUGGUCAAAGAACAUAUACUAGUGGCUCCAAUUGAACAUUACAAAUCACUUGCUGAAUUACCGCCAGAAACAGAAAAUGAAAUAAAUUUGAUUAAAAGUUCUUUAAAUCAAUAUUUUGAAAGCACAGGUCGUGUAGCAGUUUACUUUGAACGUAAUAUUUUAUCGGCUCAUUUCCAAUUACAAGUGGUUCCAGUUCCUAUUAGAAUGGCAGAUCGUCUUGAGAACAUGUUCAAAGCGAAAUUUAAAGAAUAUGAUCUCAGUUUAGUAGACAUUCCGCCAGCUGCAUCGCUACGUCAAAUAGCUGGGAACAGUGAAGGACAUUACUUUUGUACAGAGUUGCCUAAUGGUAAGCGUUUGUUUCAUAGUGCGUCCAAAAAAAGUGGCCAUCAACAAAAAUUUCCAAUUCAUAUUGCAAGAGAAGUGCUGGCAUCUCCAAGACUAUUGAAUGUUGAAAGUCGUAUUGACUGGAGAAAAUGUGAGCAAUCUUUAGAUGAAGAAGAGGACGAAGUCAAAAUGUUUCGCAAUGCUUUUGAGCCUUUUAAUCCAAUAAAAGAUUAAUUAAUGACUGAUUUUAAUUAUGAUUAUUAUCUAUUAUACUUAUUAAAAUAAAUUACUGGAUAAAAAAAGAG